UCAAUAGUUUAAUAAUGUUUACUCUCUGGACGCUCAUCGAGGCCUCACUGUUGUGCCUCAAUGCCGUCUGUAUCCUGCACGAGGAGCGCUUUCUGGCAAAGUUUGGCUGGGGCCGGCAAGCAGGCCAGCAAGAUUUUGGAGCCCCCACGGCCAAGGACCAAGUGUUAAAUCUCAUUCGUUCCAUUCGCACAGUUGCCAAAAUUCCCUUGAUAUUUCUUAACAUAAUUGCGAUUAUAUUUAAGCUAUUGCUUGGUUAAUGACAUAAAUCUAUUGUAAAAAGUA